AUGGGGCUUCGUUGCGAUGUCCCCGGAGCCGACCUCCGCCCACGCAGACUUCGGGGCGCGUCCGUCCAGCCAACACGCGUUAGGGCAUGGAUGAAGAAUAGACGUUCUGAAAAGGGAGCCCGAUGUCCUUCGGACACCGAAUUUGAAGGUCGAGCAACAACAGUCCCAGUCGUCGAUGUUCCUGAUGCGGACGAGGCUCAGGUAGAUGAUGACAUGGCCCACGGCAGUAGCGCGCUUGUAGGGAUGAUCAGAAUGCAGAUCGGGCUGGGCGUCGCAUGUCGGCAGCAAUUUGCCGAGUCAGUAGCGUUUGCGGCGGCGGCCCAGGGUUCUCGACGUCGGGAUGCCCCUCAACGGACAUUUGCGACCGCGACCACAACGACGAUGGGCGGUAGGUACCCCAUUUCUAGAUGCUUGUUGCUGCUCCAUGCGCAGGAUCCCUGGUAG